GGCGGUGCGGGACAGCGAUCGAUGCAAACAAAGCUUGCAAUCCAAUCGAUGUCGAGCGGCAAGCCGAGGCUAGUGGGCGCGAGGAUUUCUCGCAAAGUACCUGCUAGCACGCCAUUCCUCGUUUUAGCACUCAAGCACGACGCACCGGGCGUGCGGGUUGUGUCCAGCCAGUUUUACCGACACCGAGGUGCUUUUACGGCGCGUCCGUACGCGCGUGAACAAAUCUGAACUGUUAAUAGUGAUGCUUUAGUGUUUUGGACUUCUCUCCAACAAUGCGUAGCAGCAAACGCCGCUUUGCGCCAUGGUGCGCACUGGUACUGCUAUUGGCCUUGCUAUCGAAGCGUGGAUUGGUCAAACGCGGCGUCGGGCUCACCAGAGCUAGCGACGCGCUGUGCAAAGCACCUCUCAGCUUCGAACGGGCACUUAACAGCACAGCCAGUCGCUGUGCUGCAAGACCUAAGCCGAGGCAGCGGCGCCGAGCCGCAUCGCCCUCGCUACGGCGCUGGGACGCGGCCGCCGCCUGCACCGCGAGACGGAGAGCUCCUCGUGUCGCGCCGGGACGACGGGCAUCGCCGCGCACUGCGCCGCAUUGCGGACGCCGCCGCGUUACGAAACCGCCGCGGGCGACGCCGCGACAAAAAUCUGCGCCACCGCGCGCAACGCUCGUGCUGAACGCAUCCACGCAAGAUGUCGCACAACUGGCUCAUAAUCGUAAACUGGGCCGUCAUCAUGAACACCCUGACGAAGAAGAAGCGGCUCGUCGUCGUCAUCAAUUGGGUGUGCUUUGCCACCUUCCACAACUGGUGGAAGGAAGGAAGGGUGCGGCUCAAGGGCUAUGUCACGGGCCGCUACUACCGCAAGGUAGGCGCCGCGAGCGCGGACGACGUAGACGUCGCGGUAAAGGUAACGUUCCUGUCGCUGCACUUGGCUGUGUCGAAAUCAAAUCAAGCGCCUCACGCCAUCGACGCAACAUUGCGACUUCGUCUGCUCGAUGGCGUGGAGAUUCUACGUCAUCGAUGCGACCUAACUCACUGUUUGAUUUCCACACAGGUACGAGAAAGGCAUCAACGCGAUCCUGGCGCUCGUCUCUCUCGACUUACGGGAGAAGUGGGCGCCGACGCCCCGAGAAGUCCUGGAGGAGGCGCGCGACGGCCCGACGGCGCCCGACUCCAUAAUCGCGGCCGAGUUCGACAUCCCGUACUCGGGCCUGCUCGGGUGGUUAGGUGUAGUGUGGUACUUCGGCGUCUAUUGGUUGUGGAUCUCGACGUACCUGGGCUUCCAAGAUGCGUUGUAAGGGCGCGGCGCACAAAUCAACCCUUCACGACGGCCGCGGUGCCUUCACGCCAUCGACGCGCGUCGUCUCCAUCUUCUGAUGAAGUCUGAUGAAGUGGGUGGUUUCUUUUUCGAUUUUGAGGCCAUUCGGACCGCGUCGAGCGAACUUGCUACGAACGCGAGAGAGGCUUCACCCGCCUCAGUGUUGAUUUCCACACAGGAGGGGCGGCGGGGCGCCCGGCUCUACUGCGGAAUUAGUGCUCGCGGCGAUGGACCCGGGCAACGGAGGCCGGCCGAUCGGCGGCGGCGCCGGUGGUUGGUUGGAGACCAACCUUUUCGCGAUCGCGCCCUACCAGCCUUGUUUUGGGCUCUACCGCCUCUCAGAGAAAGUGAUGCACGACGUGUGGUCAAAGGUAAGGUCUUCGCGGUGGCGUCUCGUUCCCUUCUUAUUGGCUGUGGUGGCGAUUUGCGGUGGAUUUGCCUAUCAAUUCCACCUGCCGACAAAAGAUGUGGUCGUGGUCUUGUUAGUUGUGGCCGCUGCUGUCGCUUUAUUUCGCUUGACGAUGCCCAUUUACGAUUGGACGAGGGCGGAGCGGUCCUCGUAUAGUGGGGAUGAUCUAGGGCAUGUCGGAGAGGUGAAGAUGGAUUCGACUGGUAGUUCAAUACUAUUAAAUGGUGUUGAAGGAAAGGAACGGGAGGCCGAAGCGGACUACAUAGCUGUUGGCUACGUGCCCCGAGGGACGCUUCUGGAGCCGCGACCGGCGUGUCCCUUGAUGGUUGCGUUAUUAUUGGUGUUGUUUGGUGCGUUGGGCAUCGUUUUGGACUACUUCAUCGUCGGUGGUGGCUAUAGAUGUGGUUUAGCUGGGGCUAUUUUUGGAGGAGUCGUGGGUUUUGUUAGAUUUGGUCGCAAGCAGUACGGCGUCCCGGAGGUCAUCGUCGUGUCGGCAGAGGCCUUGAGAGUUGCAGGUCUCACUGGUAUGCUUUUUGCUGCGGGUGGGGUGCAUGGGCAACGGUGCUCUACGUUAGAAGUCCGGGACGGGCCGCCAGAAGAUUUGAAGACAGGUGAAAGUUGGGAGGGUAAACCGGACAUCUUACUUGUUCCCUGCGACCCGACGGCUAGCUCCAUAGUUGGUAAGGGUCGAACUAUGAUUCACGAAACUGGGUGGAAGGUGUACGUGAAACCGUCGCCCUCCAAUCAGAAUUAUCGGCGUUGGCAACUCCUAGCUUCGACUCAUGAAAUUAAAACCGUCACGGUACCCCAGCUCAACAAGCUCGUGGACCUUGACGCCCUCCCAAAGGGCACGAUCGUCCGCGUCCCGGCGACAGAUGUUGCUGAUGCCGCGCUGAAGGUCGUCGCGGCGGCCAAUGCGGUCAAGGAGUUCCCCCCUGGCGUGCCCUGGAAAAAGCGCACGCCGACAACGUUUAGGAACGCGCAUUAUGAGGUGCGGGACGAUCCCAAACGGCAAGUGCAUCAGCACGGUGUCGACUUAACUUUGCGGUCGUUACGGAAGGCGGGUGCGCGUGCCGCGUUGUGUCGCCUCAUCGGCGUCGCUCUAGCGUUUCUUUGCUCGGCUGCCGUGGCCUCGUGGUGUGGACUGGGAUCCGGCGUCCUGACGGCCUGUGUAUGCGUCGUCACGCUAGGCCUGUGCCUCCCUAGGAUUAUGGGGGCGUCGGUGGACAUGCUGUCAGAAGCCAAGCACUCGGUGACGGUCAAGUACCGGCGCGGUCCGCGGCUUGCGUUCUACGUGGCCGUGCUCGUCGCUCUCGUUGUAGCUGCUCUAUUAUUUGUCGGCUUCGAUUCAUUAGGAAUAGCUUCUUCAUGUGGGUUGUUUGCCGGCGCCGAGUCGUCGGUCGCCGUUUUAGUUUGUGGUCUACUUGCUGUGGGGGCGGGUAUAUUCGGAGCGACGCGCAGCGUGUCUGUUAUUAUUGCUGGGAGGAAUUACGGGUUGGGGGUUCAGGCUCCGAAAUUUCAAGUUGGAGUUGAUGCGGCGAAGGAAAAAGGACAGACGUCUAAAGCGAACACCAAACCGAUCGUCAUCAACCACGCGUCUUGUACCACGCUCUGUUUCAUCCAUAGCUGUAAGGUUGGCGAUUGCGUCGAAGUCGUGCGACUGGUCGACGGGUGUAUCUUCGACGGGCACGUGGUCGCGGUCAACGUCGGCGACGGACGCUCGAUUGCUACGACGUACGACGUGUCGUACGAGAACGGCGUCCGUGAGAACGGUGUCGAAAGGCAUCGUAUCUGGAUCAAGGGCGGACGCAACGUCAUUUGCUCGGUGGUGCCGACGACGGAUGAGAUGCUCAACCAGAAGCUAUGCGACGGUUUCUUGUGCACGGAGGUCAUGGAGGCGGUCUUCGCGGACGUCCACGCGACCACCCAACAUAACUACUGGGUCUAUCAAUGCCGUCUUCCUGAACACUUGCAAAGGGUGAUGGACCAUUCCUUCUGCACGCUCGACAAGCUGCCCACGAAGAUCGCGGAGAUGAUAGAGCCGCACCUAGAAUUAGUGGAGAGCUCCUGCACGGUGUCGGAUCCGGUCGUCGCGUUCUUCGCGUUCGCGGUGGCGUGCCUGACGGCGUUGAUCGCGCUGCCCGGCGCCGUGCUAGAUGACGUCGUCAAUGCGGCCACGGCGUGCCGUUUCUGGACGACGCCGCGCCGGAAUGUCGGACCGGCGGCGGUGCCGCCGCCUCCUCGACGGCUGGCGCCGGCGCCGGCGCCUUCCCCAGCGCCGGCGCGGGCGCCGCGGCGGGCGCCCGCGCCCGCGCCGGCGCCCGCGCCGGCGCCCACGCCACGCGUGCGGCGGUCCUGCACUCCUGUUUCGUCGUACGUGGAGUCUGACGACGACGAGAACGGGGCCGCGGCGCCGCCGAAAGACAGCCGCGUCGCCGUGCUUUACGCCGGAGGACAGUGGUACGAGGGCACCGUCGUGGACGUGCUGGACGGGAGCCGCGCCUUGGUGCGGUUCGACAACUACGAGACCGCCAAUCAGGUAAACUUCGCAAGUGCCCCCUUCCGCAUCACGCGCUUCGGACCGGAGCCGGUGCCCCAACGCCGCGGCAAGCGCAAGGCGCCCACCAGCAGCCGGCCUAGCAAGCGGCCGCGCCGGUCCUAG